ACAUGGUCAUUCAAUUUAGGGAUCUAUGAUUUAUAUCGUCAAGUUAUGAUAUCAGGUCUAUACGAAUUUAUAAUAUUUCGUUAUAUGGACGUACUGAAUCAUCGAUGUCGCAAUCAUGAUACCUUGAAUCAGAGAGGAACUGGAACAACAGAUUUUAUGACGAUAAUACUAAAAACUAAAGACUUGCUCGCCGAUACGCGACAUUAUCUUCAUACAUGUGAUAUCGGAGAACCUACGUAUGGUGAGGUAUCUCAUUAUGAAUUGAAGCGGAUGAUACAGACGAUAAUAAUCAAAGAAGAAGAUUUAACAACUACUGAGUCCUGUAGUCAUAAUUGUAAUUUAGAUUACAUAGAUACGAUUAAUACUACGGAAUGUGAUGAAUAUUACAAUUGUCAGAAUGUUGGUAGCAGUUAUGAUAUAUGCGAAGCGAAAAGUAUUUCAAGACGUUAUCACUGGUUUCAUGACAGCAAUGGAAUAACUUAUGGUAACGGAACUGGAGGAUGUGAUUCCCCCAUGAAAUCAGUGUCCAGUAAACUGGCAUUCUUUAAAUUCCGUUACUGUGAUUAUUGCAUGUGCACUUGUCGUAAAAAGACAGACGAUAAAGAAACAAUUACUGCGAUGAGCUUCAGAGAACAAGUUUCCGAUAUCGAUAAUAACAUGGUUGUUGUAGGUGUCAGAUUUAUUGAGAGUAAUCAUAUGAUUCAUGUUCAAAUAAAAGAGAAACAAAUAAACAGUUCUAAUGAUUAUUAUCACCAAUAUCCGUGGAAAGAAUUGGAAAAUAUUCAAUACAAUGAAACAGGCAAAAAUUUUUACAAUUCUGAUAACACUGUACUUAAACCGGGAAUUGACUAUGGGCAUCCUAAGAUUGUUAAUUUUGAUGACUUAAUUGCACCGAAAAGUUAUGUUAUAACUGGGAUAAGAGUACGAUUUGCUGAUGGUGGAUUCAAAAAGCCAGACUUAGAAGCUGCAGCUAUCGAACUGAACAUCCGCGUCACGCCUUGUGAUUACAACACAGGAAAACUUAUUAAUCUGACCCAGACUCACUGGAUUGUUCCAGAAUAUACCUUGAGGAAGGAAUUGAUCCUGACUGAACCAGACAAUCCAUUGAAAUCACCAGUUAAUGUAAUUGAUUCCAAAAAAGAUCAGUUUAUAAGAUUCCGUAAUUCGGAUUUAAAAAAAGAUGCUGGACAAUCAACAGUACCGUUUUUUGAUGCGCAAGGAGUAGAGGGCAAACGAUUAUAUCCUUUAGGUGGAAUAGGAGUAAUUCAUCGCGGCCGUGAGGGUUAUGGUGGAUUUUUGGCAUUUAAAAUUUAUGAUAUAAAUUUGGCUGAAGUAUUAGAUUAUGAGUAUCAUUAAAAUUAUGCCAGAAAAAUAAUAAACCUCAAAAUUUGCUCCUAUUCCCGGGCAUUUAUAAACUGCGCAUGCGCAAAAAAUG